UUAUUCCCACGGGAAUGGAUUAUUCCCAUGGGAAUAAUCAGGUCGUCAUUUCCGCCCAUUCCGCUUCAUCUGGUCGGAACAAAAUCAUCGCUCUCGAAUUCCUUCUUGUCUUCAACAAACAAGCAUCCAAGCCUCCUGCCCUGCCCCAGAGGUACUUCAACGCUCGCCGUCAAGACCGCAAGGCCGCUCCCUCUGGAGACAUCACCCCUCGAGCUCUCUACUUCACCUCUGACGACAUCCCUGCCGGCCCAGAGGAGGCCGAAGCCACAGGCGAGGGCGCCACGAUGAGCUAGACACCCCAGGGACGGCUCUCCUUCCCUCCACCCGUCAGAUGGGCUUGCCCUUCUGACGGGGAGUCUGCCCAUGUGUCUGCCGUCGCUGCCGAAGUCUGCCAGGGAUGCUGCCAUCGAGCCAACGGCUCAAUCACGGAGGGUAUCACCAGAAGGGGUGUAUGACGAGUAUGUCGAUGAUGUGAUGCACAUACACAUGCCGGAGGCACUGCAUGGAUGGAUCCAUCGCUACCUGAGACGCCAUGGCGAGGUGGUGUCAUACUGCUUUGUGUGCGCCCGGCUGAGAGGCGAGCGACGAGCGAAGAAAGUACAUGAUGGAGGGGCAUACAGCGGCUAAUGAGAGAGCAUGAGAGAGUGUGAGAGCGGUCGGCAACUGGAUCUAUAAGGACGGACGGCAACGAGGGGUGGGCUUGGCUUACAUACACGUGGCGAGGGGCAUCAAUGCAUGGAUGGUGAAGUCAUUUCCGGAAAGAAUCUGUGUAGGCGGUGGAGCUCUUGCAGAGUGCCCACCACCUAUACAACGGACGGUGACGGAUUUUGCAUGCUCACAUCACAAAG